AUGUAUAUCGCUAAUACACUCUCGUUGCUCCUGGCUUCUGUCGCGUUCUACAACCAAUGCGCUACUGCCGCGCAGGGAGAGCAAGAACAGGUGCAAGCACUCAGGGCCCCGGUCCUGGCGAGUAGGGAGUUCACGCCUAUCGAGGAGGCCGGUCUGGAGAGGAGAGGUACAUGUCCUGAUGGUGGGCAGUGCUUGUUUGGACAGUGCUGUGGGACUGGAUGUUCGCCGAAUUGUUGUGCCCAUGAUGAGGGCGGGAUCGGCUGUAACCUCUCAGAACGCUGUCAGUUCCAAGGCAACGUCUUCGUCGGAUGCUGCAAUGGUUUCAUCGGACGCUGCACCGGCGAAGCAACAAGAGUAACCGUGCACUCCCCGGCUGACAGCACCAUGUUCAACACCGGCGCCCCCGCAACCUCAGACGCAACCACAACCGAAAGAUACACGCGCACCACGACGACCGAAUCCACCGCUACUUCUACAUCCGAUGCCGAUUCAAGCGCCAGCUCCAGCGCAGACUCGACGACGUCUCGGUCUGCGGCAUCGCGCACGACAUCGGCCGAGGAAACUCGGUCUACCUCCGGCUCUAGUUCGAGGUCUAGUUCGAGGCCCGGUUCGAGCUCUGAGAGUGCGAAUGAUAGUGUCGGUACGACUGCUUCGUCUACGAGCUUUGCGCAGGGCGGGGAGACCGAGUCUGUCAAUGCGGCGCCUGCUGUUACGGGUUAUGUGGGGUUGGAGAUGGGGGCUGUUGCUGUUGGGGCUUUGUUGGUUUUGUAG